AUGAUGUUCUUCCUGAGCUGGUUCUUCAUUCUCUUUCCAAUUUGUUUUGCUUAUGAUCCAAAAGAUAUAAACGUCGAAAAACCCAAUCUUCACGAAGGACUCGUAAGAGGAAUGGAGCAUUAUUGCAGAACGUUAGGCGGCGGAAUCGAAAUUCCGGAUCUGAAGUAUGAACCAUCCAAAACUGAGUAUUUAAAAUCUAAACUCAAACAACACUCGGGCCAUUUACUUGCGCUUCAAGGUUGGAAUUCUAACAUUCGUAUAUGCUGGGCUGAUAUCAGUGAAAAUAAUGGUGUAACUUCAUGGCAUGAAGCAGGAACGAAGCUUGCCACAAAAUGUAAUGCAGAAGUGCAUACUCAUGAUGUUUGCACGAAUUUAUUCAAACGAUUUCCGUUGGUUCAAUGCUUAACUGUAGACGGUCACUACCUGUACUGCGCAUUCUCAAAGGAUAUGGAUUGGAACACAUUCAAUCAAAAAUAG